CCCAGAUUCUCGGUCGAAUGAUACCCCAGAUAUUCAUCUUCACACCCUUAUUUCAAAUUACUCGACCGCGUUGGUGGGGAAGCAGCCCGGCAGCAGGCGGUGGAAGGCAACCAAGUAUGGGAACUGAACCUGAUUGAAUCGUGUCAACGCCAGGAUGAAGUCGCUUAAUCGGCCACCGUGUGGCCGGCGUGGUCGUAUUAUACCAGGAUGUUUCUGAUAAUGAAUGGAAAAGGGCCACUUUACCGGUUGGGCGGAUGCCUUAGCUGCAGAAUGGCUUGGUAACCCAUGGGGAAAUGGAGCAGAGUGGUGUUGGGGAAGAUAAUAGGGAAUAAGAAUCUGACAAUCCCAACCAGUGCCCAAGUUUUCCUAUCUUAUCCCUCUCGUUCCCUCGACCCAACCCAUCCUGCUCGUCUUCAUUUUUGGCAGCAGGUUGUUUUCUCUCCCCAGAACCGUUGAAAGGGUCCACAGACAGCCAACGUCCAAAGAGCCCAGGAUGUCGAACCUCGAGGUCGCAGACCCCGACAUCAACAACCCCCUCCACCCUCACCAGGACGAUGCGGCGGGCAAGCGGUCUUUCCACGACGUCGAGAUCUCCAGAAAGGAGUCUCACGUCGAUGGCCUCGAGAAAUCCGGUGCACACUAUGACAAGAUCGACCACGAAGUCGCCAAGUAUGCUGGGGGCGCCCGCAUCGCCAUCACGACUGAGGAGAGUACGAGGCUGCGUAAGAUGAUCGACAAACGUGUGCUUGUGGUCAUGAUCACCACCUACUUCCUCCAGGCCAUUGAUAAAGGCACCAUGUCAUUCUCCUCCAUCAUGGGGCUACCCCAGGAUACCGGCUUGAUGAUCCCAGGGACCAGCAAACUUGGCCCCCAAUGGCCGUGGUUGACGACGUGUAUUUACAUUGCCAUCCUAUUUGUUGAAUACCCUCAGAACUACAUCAUUGCUCGCGUGCCGGUGGCCAAGUAUUUGGGGUUCUCCAUCAUUGCCUGGGGCGCCAUCCUGGCCUGCCACGCUGCGUGCAAGAACUUUGCCGGCCUUGUUGUCGCGAGGACCCUCCUCGGCAUUGCCGAGUCCACCUGUCAGCCCGCAUUCGUUGUUCUGUCAUCCAUGUGGUACCGUCGUGAAGAGCAAGCCUCUCGGGUGACAUACUGGUACAUGAUGAACGGUGCACAGCAGAUUGUCGGCGGUCUGCUUGCCUUUUGUUUCACUCUCAUCAAAACCGGCCCGCUCAAGUCGUGGCAAUGGCUCUUCAUGUCCUAUGGCAUUGUUUCUAUCUUUUUCGGUCUCUUUGUCCUCUGGUGGAUGCCCGACAGUCCUAUGAGGGCCAAGUGCUUCUCCGAAGAGGACAAGCACCUGAUGGUCGAGCGUGUUCGUGACAACCAGACGGGCAUGCAGAACCGGACUUUUAAGAAGGAGCAGGUUUACGAUGCUCUUACUGAUCCCCAGACUUGGUGUUAUGCGGGCAUCCAGUUGUGCACCACCCUACCGACCAGCGGUCUCGGCUCCUUCGCCAAUAUCAUCAUCAGCGGCAGCCUCGGCUUCAGUGUUCUGCAAACCCAGCUGUUAGCUAUGGUCCUGGGUGCAUACAUCAUCAUUGUGCUUCUGAGCUCCGUGUGGCUAGUGAAGAAGUGGAACCAGAACACCCUCACCAUGCUCGGCUUCGUCAUCCCCUCCUUCGUCGGCACCAUCCUCUUGAUGACAAUCCCCAACGAGACCACGGCUCAGCACGUCGGUCUGCUUCUCUCCUACUACAUCACUCUGUCCUUCUGGUCUGCUCAGACACUCGGUCUUUCCAUGAUGUCUCGCAACGUCGGUGGUCAGACCAAGAAGAGCGUCGUGGUUGCGAUAAAUUUCAUCUUCUGGUCCACCGGCAACGCCAUUGGGCCUCAGGUUUUCCUCGCAACAGAUGCACCCAGGUACUUUAUCGCCUUCGCCACCCAUAUCGGCUGCUACGCCCUGCUCGUUAUCAUCAUCUUGUACUUCAGGUGGUACUUGACCCGCCAGAACAAGAAGCGCGACCAGCUGGCCGCUGCUGGUGUUGCCGAGGCCCACGACGAGAAUAUGGUGCAUGCAUUCGAGGAUCUGACGGAUAGGGAGAACCCCAACUUCCGCUACGUGUACUAAGCAGCACGGUAGAGUUUUGCAAACAUGGGAACGGGAAAUACUCUGGAUACUGGGGUACCUAGACCUAUAUAGUUGAAAUGAAGCAAUUAAUCUAAC